UAAUUGGUGGGAAAGAAUCUCUGGUUUUGCGGUUUUCUGUUAAGUGCCACAGCCCGUGCCUCAGUCAGUGGCAGUUUACCCUCCCUGCCGCCCCUCCUUUAUGGGCUUGUCGCGAGUUCUGAGCGACCCUAAGAACUCUGGGCUCUCGACACAACAGCGGCCGCAGUCGCUCCGGGGCCGCUUCUCACAUCGCUCCACCCCUCGCUUCGUUCCGCUCAGAUCGCGGUGAAACGAGCGGAGCCGAGUAGCCGGGCGGAGUGCAGCCGAACGAACGGUACUGAGUGAGUGGAGUCGAGUCCAGUCAAGCAGAACCGAGUGGGCCGAGCCACACCGAAUAGCACGGAGCAGGAAUCUAUCAAGUGGCGGCCGCCACCAUGAAGCGGGACCGGCUUGGCCGCUUCCUGUCGCCUGGGACGGCUCGGCAGCGCGGGAGUUCGGGCGGCAGCUGUGGAAGCGGUCGGACUCGGGGUCGCCCUUCUCGCACCGGCGCAGCCAGCGCUGAUGGGGCGGCGGCUUUGGCGGCAGCACAACUCAGCUGGGGCUCGACGCGCUCUUGCGGGGACACAGGCGAGGACGGUACCGACGAGGCAGGAGCAGGCCGAACUCUUGCCAUGGGGCACUGUCGCCUCUGCCAUGGGAAGUUUUCCUCACGGAGCCUCCGCAGUAUCUCUGACAGAGUACCUGGGGAGACCUCAGAGAGACUGUCCCCAGGGGAGCGUGUCUUCAUUAGGGACUUCCAGCGUCUGCUGGGUGUUGCUGUGCACCAGGACCCAGCCCUGCCUCAGUUUGUCUGCAAGAACUGCUACACCCAGUUCUAUCAGUGCCACAGCCUUCUCAGGUCCUUCUUACAGAGAGUCAAUGUCUCCCCGGCUGGCCAGCGGAAGCCUUGUACAAAGGUUGGUGUUCAGCCUCCCACAGUGGCAGAGGAGGGAGCAUGUAUGGCUGAUCUGAUCACCUCGAGCCCUCGGUGUCUGCACAGCUUGGUGGGCUGGGUACAUGAACAUGCAGCCAACUGUGGGUCUCUGCCCAGCCUCCAGAGGACACUGUCCUCUGAGUACUGUGGCAUCAUCCAGGCUGUGUGGGGCUGUGACCAGGGCCAUGACUUCACCAUGGACACAGACUCCAGCUGCAGAGCUCUCCUUUUGGACAGUGCAUUAGCAGUGAAAUGGGCAUGGGGCAAGGAGAUGUCACCACGGCUGUCCCAGAGCUCAGAGUUAAACACCACUGGAGCUGCCUCUCAGCUCUGCCAGGCCAGAGGAACCCAAGUUGGAUCUGAGACCAAGACACCACCCAGUGUGGAUGUGGCCCUGCUGCACUCACAUGGAGACUCUGUGGGACCUGGAAUAGGCCCCUAUACUCAGCCAAACUUGGCUCCCAGUGAGGCCCCAGGGCAACUGGGUGAGAAGCAGGUUCCAUCUUCAACCUCGGAUGAUCGGGUAAAAGACGAGUUCAGUGACCUUUCUGAGGGAGACUUCCUGAGUGAAGAUGAGAAUGAUAAGAAGCAAAACCCACAGUCCUCGGAUGAGUCCUUUGAGCCUUACCCAGAAAAGAAGGUCUCUGGUAAGAAGAGCGAAAGCAAAGAAGCCAAGAAGCCUGAAGAGCCCAAAAUCAGAAAGAAGCCCGGGCCCAAGCCUGGAUGGAAGAAGAAGCUCCGAUGUGAGAGGGAGGAGCUGCCCACCAUCUACAAGUGUCCUUACCAGGGCUGCACAGCUGUAUACCGCGGGGCUGAUGGCAUGAAGAAACACAUUAAGGAGCAUCAUGAGGAGGUCCGGGAGAGACCCUGCCCACAUCCUGGCUGCAACAAGGUAUUCAUGAUCGACCGAUACCUGCAGCGACAUGUGAAGCUCAUCCACACAGAGGUACGCAAUUACAUCUGUGACGAAUGUGGGCAGACCUUCAAGCAGCGGAAGCACCUUCUUGUCCACCAGAUGCGUCACUCGGGAGCCAAGCCACUGCAGUGUGAGAUCUGUGGGUUCCAGUGCAGGCAACGAGCAUCCCUCAAGUAUCACAUGACCAAACACAAAGCAGAGACUGAGCUGGACUUCGCCUGUGACCAGUGUGGCCGUCGGUUUGAAAAGGCCCACAACCUCAACGUGCAUAUGUCCAUGGUACAUCCUCUGACCCAGACCCAGGACAAAGUCCUGCCCUUGGAAGCAGAGCCCCCACCUGGGCCCCUGAGCCUUUCUGGGACCAUGGAGGGCCAAGCUGUGAAGCCUGAGCCUACCUGAGAACUUCAGGUGGAGCACUGGGCAUCUUGAGCUGCUUGAACUCAGCAGGUGUGACGUGAGGUUUAAAGACAUUAAUGUUCCUCACUUCCCCACUGGCAUGGUUUGCUUGCCCGUUGGGCCCAUUGCUGCACUCCACCCCACAUACCCAGCAGCCAUGUGUCGGAGGGCACCUCUCUCAGGGCGAGGGAGGUAGGCUUGGUGUGUACUUCAACCUGCUGUGGUACCAGCAGUUUAUUUUCCUAUGGACACUGAGCAAUUUAAGGCUAGAAACAAAUUAUGAAUAAUUAAUUUUUUUCCUAACUAGAGCAAUCAAGGAGAUUUGUAAUCUACUUUCUAGUGUAACAAGAACUCCAUGUAAUGCUUGCAAUAAAUUAUUCACAAAGGUGCCAGCUGGUGCACUGAGAUGGGUACAGUCAGAACAGAUGAGGCUCCUGGGAGAGAUCAAAGCUGGGGACAGCCUGCCGCCUCUGCAGGAGGGCGUUGCUCAUCUCAGGGUCAUAGUCUCUUCGACCAGCCAGCAGCUAUGAGAAAACAUAUUGAUUAGUACCCAUAGACUCUCAGGAUAGCCAAAGUAAGUUGUUUGCAGAUCAAGAACUAGUGGGCACUUGAGAUGUGCUGCCAGCACGGGGGGUCUGUGGUGUGCAACUAACCAUCUCAAAUGUCACAGGCCUGUGACUUCUCAUUUUACCCAAGUUGUGAAAUCAGCUCAAGGAUAUCUCUUUGGUUGUUACCUCUGUCAUGUUGGAGAAACACUUUUCUGGGCACUGAGGUAUUAGCUGCAGCAGAAAAAUACGUGCUUCUGUUAUCAGUUGUACAGGGCUACCCUAGAACGGAAACAGGUGGUCAUGAAUGAGGCACACUGAAUCAGUACUAGCAUAUGUCACUUGCUGUUCCUAAGGAAUGGCUGCCUCAUAGGCUUGGGGAGCUCACCUGGAGCAAGGAGUGGCCUUGGAGCUUUAAGCUUUUGCUGGCCUGAGGUAACCCAGUCCCGGUUUCCCCAUCUACAAAGAGCUGCAUCAGCUUGAGGUACAUGUCGACAGCAACAUACAGGAAAGCCUCUUCCUUGAUGAUGGCAUGUUCACUGAAGUAGGAGAGAAGACUGCAGGCAAAGGGGAAAUGAUAAAGGACUUGUAGAUACUGAGAGGUAAGGAGCAGUUAGCACAGAAGGUGCACACCUAUUUGUGUAACAGAGUGACAAGGGAGACCUUGGGGAAACAAUGCAAGGCUGGGCUUACUCACCAUUGCCUAGCAGGUAGUUACCUGUAGAAAGCAAAUGGUAGCAACCUGGUGUGCUGACCUGGAGCCAGGUGGAGGAGGUGCCCCAGCUCAGCAUCUGUAAAAUUGAGGAGUUCAAACAGUUCUUUAGGUUCCUGAACCCAGUGUCAGUGCUGUGGGAUGACCCCAAGGUGUCAUGUGCUCUGAGGAGGCUUUUCUCUAGCUGUGGUGACCUAUAGGGGCUUGUGAUCUAUACUGGGGGCACCUGUUAAGAGCUCCUGGGAAGGAGGGUCACUCCCCCUUGGUCUGAGAAAAUGAGGGUGAUAUGCUCAUACAGGAGAACAGAGACUGGAGGUUUAACAAGUACUCUCCCACUGCUCCCCUACAAUGUGCCUAUGGGUAGCAACAUUCUGAAUUUUUGAGUGUCCCAGUCGACUCUAAUGUUGCUUUAAAUGGGUACGUCCUGAAUUUGUACCCCAAAUGAAGUAGGGUCUAUAAACUCAGUAAAGUUAAACCCAUAAAAGGUGA